AUGUACGGAGAGACUAUCGAAAAGUUUAUAGAUAUGCUUAGAAAAAAUCAAAUUAUUUUCAUUUCAAAUGGAGAAGUGAAAGGAAUAAACCCAGCUUUUCCAAGUAUCCACAAGUCACUAGAAUUAGUACUAACAAAAGACUUAUCGAUCAAAAAAGCACCAACAGGAUUCUACUUGGAGAACAUAGUUAACAACUUUGUGCCAUUUGAAGAAGCAUUUUCCAUAAAAGAUGCAACAAAAAUUAAUAUUCUAGCAAUAACAACUAAUGUGAAGCCGGUAAUCAACUAUAUUACAAGACACAACAAACCAGACAGUAGGAGGGAAAUCACACUUAUGGAUAUAAGUGGAAUGCCAAUGCGUACAACUUUAUUUGGAGAUUUGGCUACAAAUGAAGGAUCAAUUCUUGAAGCAAAAAUCAAAUAUAAGCCUAUAAUAGCAUUAUCAGAUUUUAAAAUCUCUAUAUAUCAAGGAGAUACAAGCAUAUCGUCGCAAAUUAUUUCAACAUUAUGUAUAAACCCAAAAAUAGAACUAGCUAGCGAAUUAAGGGAAUGGUUUCAAUUGAAAAAAGCUACAAAAGCAAAAGGAUCUUCAUCAACACUUUUUAAAAAUGUUAGGGAAAUUCAUAUUAGUGAUAUUAUGCAAACAUCACAAAAUUCGAUACAGGCACGAUAUUGCAUAUUUAAGGAAAAGAUAACUACUAUUUUAAAUAGGUUCGAGCCAUGGUUCUAUUCUUGCAAAGGCUGUGACAAGAAGGUUGAUAAAAAUGUUAGUAAAGAGUGUCUGAAUGACAAAUACCACAGAAUCAUUGAUGACCCAGUACCAAUGUGCUUAGUUAAGAUUCUCGUGGAAAAUGACGCGGAUAAUGCAAGAGUAACACUCUUUGACGCAGCAGAAACUCUUAUUGGAUGCAAAGUAGAAAAAUUUAUUACAGAAAAGAAAGAGAAAAAUAAUCAGAGUCCAUAUUUUCAAAAUUUGUUUUGA